UCUAUAGUUUCAAGAGUAACCAAAAAAGAACCAAAAGAAAAGGGAGAGAGAGAGAGAGAGAGAAAAGAAUUUAAUAAGAGAUCUUCAGCUUCAUACAUCAUAAGAUGGGUCACCAUUCUUGCUGCAAUCAGCAGAAGGUUAAGAGAGGUCUUUGGUCUCCUGAGGAAGAUGAAAAGCUCAUUAGAUAUAUCACCACCCAUGGUUAUGGCUGUUGGAGUGAAGUUCCAGACAAAGCUGGGCUUCAAAGGUGUGGGAAGAGCUGCCGUUUGAGAUGGAUCAAUUAUUUGAGGCCUGAUAUUAGAAGGGGAAGGUUUACCCCAGAGGAGGAGAAGUUAAUUAUUAACCUUCAUGGAGUCGUUGGGAACAGAUGGGCUCAUAUAGCAAGUCACUUGCCUGGAAGAACGGACAAUGAGAUAAAGAACUAUUGGAAUUCAUGGAUCAAAAAGAAGAUACGAAAACCUUCAGCAUCUCCAACCACUGUUGCUGCAACAAGUAGAGGUACCGAACAUUCAUCAAACCAAAUAGAUUUAAUGUAUCAAGAUUUGACAACCAGGCCUCAGGUUCAAGAAACCCUAUUUUCAACUCCAGCUCCCUUAUUUAUGUUUGACACUGGCACUUCUCCGUUUGAUGCAACUGCGCACAAUAGUGUACGCGGGGAGCUUUUUAACGACCCGGCGAGCUUGACCGCCGAAACUUGGAAUUCAAACCAACACCACCAUCAUCAUCAAGUUCAAGCCUUUCCACAUCAUCAGGCUACUUUUAGUAUUGGAAUCGAUACUAAUAAUUACUUACCACCCUUGAUUGAUAAUAUGAUUCCCAUGGAUGAGGAAGGAGAUAUAGCGUUGAGGUGCAUGCAGAGGCAGGAACUCAAUUCAAACUUUCUGUUUUGGGAUAAUGUUGAUGAACCACUUGGUGGAGAAGAAAUUGCAGCAAUUUCAUCGAGUAUGGAAGCUUCACUCUCCUCCUUUCCUUCGUCUCUAUGAGUAUAGGGUUUUAUUAAUUAUGAUGGUGCCUCUAUCUUAUUGAUCUUUUUCUGCAGAGCUUUGGAAAUGAGUUUAGGUUUGUUAAUUAGUUUUCUUCCAUUUUGACUCCCUUUUUCUAUUAACUACUACCCAGUAUUGAGAUCAUGAAAAUGUGAGGAAACGCACUUACUUAUAAGUAUGGAAGCAAGUGUGUAGGAGAGAAGAAAAGGCAAUACGACAAUCCGCAGAGAGUUUGAUAUGAUAAUCAUGGUGAUGAUCAGUCAACUUUCGUUCUUUCACUGUGUUUGUUCAUUCAUUGUGGGAGUUUAUGGUUUUUCUUCAGUUCUUCUUUUCUGCUUUUUUUUUUUUUUUGUGGGCGGGGGAAUUUUAAGCCUUAAUUUUGAAUAAGCCUGAUGGAUUAAAUAUUUCCAUGUAUAUCUUACUUGUGACUUGCCUAGGAAAAAGUGGAAAAAACAAUGAAAUAUGUAUUUAACACAAAUGAUUUGUGGGAUCAUGGAAUUUUUUGUGUAUUAAUUCAGUGGUUUAAUUUUAUAGAAAAUUUUUGC